UAAACAGAGAGGGGAGAGCCAUUUCGGUUAACAGCGACUGACAAGGUGUUGUAGGUAGGAAGAGCAAAUCAACUCGGGAGACAGUGCGCGCGCUUCGAGACGGGUAGCAUCACCGGGGAUUGCGUGAAGGUCGAUUCUUGUUGCUCUUUCUUCACUUGCUGUGGUUGUUGUGAGUGAAAGAGGAAAACAAAUCAGAUUCAAGACUUAGGCGGAUGUGGAGCUCAUGUGAGAAAUAGAAAAAAUACAAAAGAACCAAGACUUCACAGAGGGGGCCACAUUGUUCCACGGCGCUGACUUACCAAGUGCCCUCGCCAACUCAACCAACGGAGGAAAAAAAGUUGCCAUGGAAACUGUUCUGCUCUUCGUCUUUUCGUUCCUGGUCUCUGUAGCUGCUUUGUCAGACCCUAGUGUUCAGGAUGGCAAGGAGAAAAAGAUGGAUCCAUUUGAUUAUGACUAUGAGAGCCUGAGGAUUGGCGGUCUGGCGUUUGCAGUCGUGCUCUUUCUUCUGGGGGUUCUUCUUAUUCUGAGUCGGAGGUGUGACUGCAGCAUUAACCAGAAGACCAGGGCACCUGGAGAUGAGGAGGCGCAGGCUGAGAACCUCAUCACCUCCAAGGCCAAAGAGGCUCCAAAGGCUGAAAACUGAAGUUUUACUGUCCCGUUGUCUGCUGGACCCGCUAGCCACAGAAUCACUGAAGACGAUGACAACGCCUAUGAAGACCGAACAUAGUCCUUCACAGAAGAGCAAGAGUGGGAGUGGCUCAGCGGGGGUUGUGUGGGAGGGGGGGGGCGGGAGGGAGUGGGGGUGGGGGGUGGUUCUGGUCCUGGUUGGAAAGGUCAGGGAUUAGGGCUCUGUAAAACAUUUUGAGACAAUAUCUAUUGUCAAUGGCACUAGAAGCUACAUAAAAUGAAUCAAAUUGAAUAGAGUUGUAUUGAAUUGAACUGGGAGCGGGUUGUUCUAGGAGAACAGCUGACUCGGAAACAGAUCUUCACCAGCUGUGGAGCGGAUCCGGUUCUGACAUCAGCUGCUCCCUGGGGGAGGUUUUGUACAUACUGUAGAACAUUUAGGGUUUCUGAUCACGCAUCUGGUGCCUGUGGUCUUUCUUCUUCCCAUACGUGCCCUGUUAGCGCAAUGUCCGUCUCGGCUACGCUCUCUUAGCUAGUGCCAUGUUACCAGGUUUGCCUUCCACACCUUGUCCUCUCCAACCUCCUCAAUCCUGUCCUGGUCCCAUACUGCCCCCUGGAGGUCAGUGGUGUCUCUCCUGCCUCUCCUGUUUAAGACUUUAGUUGUAAAGAGCCUUGUCUUCUAUUAGAGCUGUUACUGUUCAAGACAAAGUAGUUGCCCUGAUGAUUUGUGUUCCUUGUUUUCAUCUUAUAGAUUAUAUAUAAAAUAUAACACUCACAUGUACGUAGGUAUAUAUUACAUCUCUAUCUUAUACAGAUACACAGGUAUAUUAUAUUUAAGUUGUGUGAGUGUGGGUGCUUUAGCUAUGGGUGUGUGUGUGUGUGUGUGUGUGUGUGUGUGCGCGCGCAUGUGUGAGUGCGUGCAGGUUAAGUAGUGUAUGUACCUUAAACAGGACAAUCUAACAACCAUAAUUUCCAGACCAAGCACAAAAAAAGCAUAUGACCACUAACAACACUGUAAAGUUAUGAGGAGGCGGUCGCAUGCGAGGUCCCCAUCCGUUUCAGCUUGAUCACUGCCCAGUGGUGCCCUCUGACUAGUCCGCCCCGUCUGACCCGGGUAACAGGCCCCUCAACCAGCUCAGUGUCCACUGCCUCCCAGCCUGAGAGAACUGGUCCAGAAUCUAUGAACCCUGAGAACAAGAACCACCGACAUCCAAUGAGAACCACUGAGCGGCCUGACCAAACAAGGUUGGGAUGAAAAAGGCGCUGAUCGAUGGGUGGAGAGAGAAAGAUUGGUUAAAACGACCCGUUUUAACUGAGCCCACAGUUCGGCACCAGAUCAGCGCCUGGUUCGGUCCAGAGUCCAGCGCAACCAGGGGGAAAGGGCGGGGGUCUUAGGAGCGUCACGUUCACUACACCACUAUCGUGCCGAUAAACCUGCUCGUCUUUUUUCUUUACUCUUAUUUGCAUGUAGCCAAAGCUGUCACCAAACCACAAAGACAAAAAGCAGCUGAAUACCAUUUCCAUUAAGACAUAUAGAGAUACGACCACUGCUGCAAUAUCUAUUUCGAUCUUCCAGCACGGUUAUAUCUGUGGGUUUUCGGUAAAACAGGUCAGAUUCACCUAUCGAUGCAUUGCAAUGUGUGUAUCUGUUUGUUUGUUUGUGUCUGUGUGCUUUCACACUUUGCAUACUAAACACACAAGUGCUGUAGUUAUAUUGUCAAUGAACUUGUAACGUGAGAAAUAUCAUCAUAACUGUUUAUUGCCGCGUCAGUUACGACUUGUGUCACUCCGUCAAAUAUCCAGUCUUGUUAAGUACAUAUGAGUAGUUCUUUAAAAAAAAAAAAAUACAAUUUUGAAAAGGCAAUGUUUUCCAUUUUCUCUGUGCAGAUGUACUGUAUAGCAGCCUUUUGUGCUUUUGAAGAACAAAUAAAGAGUAAGUCUAACACAAACAAAAACAAA